AUGAAGCCUAUCAUCUCAAUCGUCCCCUUUCUGCUCAUUCUCCUCCUAUUCAGCCCCCUCAUCGCUGCGUGGGACAUUGCCCCUGACCAGCGCAAUCGCCCCCCGAUCCUAGCAGAAGACGAGAUCAUCGACCAGCGCAACCGUCCCUCCGACGAAGCCAUCGAGCCAGUUGAUAAGACCAACGUUGUCAUUCCACGUGGUUUGAAGCACAAGCAUCACAGCCACAGACACCACCAUGGCGGCCGCACCACACGGGGUGCUAGAGCGGCUUUGGGGCGCGGGGGUUUGCGGAGGAUUUAA